AUGAUCGAAACUACAGAUUUCUUUGCUAAACCAAUACCAAUGGGGCAAAGAUCAAGAAGUAUGUCCAUUCCAAAGUUGUUCGGUCGAACUAAACGUAAUAAUAGUACGGCAACUAGUGUCAGUAUCAUAACAUCAACCAGUAACAGUAUUAUAACAUCCGCCAGCAAUAGUAGUAAUAAAAGUAUAGCCAAUGAAUUAGGCAAUACGAGUUUCUCGAGUGUUACCUCUGAGAAUCAUGAUGCUUACAAGACCGGUAAUGAACAGGGUAAAAAUAGCAAAUUCUCGAAGUUUAAAGAGGUGUUUACUAAGAAGGCGGAUACGCCUCCUGGUUUGACCCUGGAUAAGAUGAAGAGACAUUUCUUCUACAAGGGUAAAUUCAAUGAGAAUAUAGAUAUCGAAGAAUCAGAACCUCACAGCCAACAGAUGGCCGAUUCUUUGCCAGAAUUAAUGCAUGAAAAUAAUAAAUCUCUGGAUAUACAUAAUGAAGGAGCAAAAAUUCGUGGAAGAUCACCAUCUGCUCCAGUGAUAUCGGUAACCAAAACCCCCACAAUAGAAACAAGUAUAGAACUUUCCAAUUUUGACCAUUUUUCUUCGACAAAUCCUUUCAGGAAUUACACUACGCCGAGCAUUCAAAUUCAAUCAAAUAAUCCAUUCUACCAAGAAUCCAUACCUCAUGCUACAAUAAGUAACUCGCCAUCUUUGACUUCUGCAUUAUCUGCAACAUCGUCCACUUUCUAUAAAGAUCAUUUAAGUAACUUAUCAUUAAAUGAUAUUAAAGAAGAUGAACAACUAAAUCAGUUUGACAUAUCAUCUCCUCAAAAGCAUGUAAUCGAGGAGCCGAGACGAUCCCGUAGAUUAAGGGCUAAAUCGUUUAGUAACAAAUUCCAGGACUCAUUGGUAGGACCCACAUCUUUCGAAAAGAUAAAAUUGUUAGGACAAGGUGAUGUUGGGAAAGUGUAUCUUGUAAGAAACAAGAUAACAGACCGACCAUAUGCUAUGAAGAUAUUUAACAAACAUGAAAUGAUACAAAGAAAGAAAAUCAAAAGAAUAUUAGCGGAACAAGAAAUUUUAGCCACAAGCAACCAUCCAUUCAUUGUAACAUUAUAUCAUUCAUUUCAAACCGAGGACUAUUUAUACUUAUGUAUGGAAUAUUGCUUAGGAGGACAAUUCUUUGCAGCUCUACAAACAAGAUCGACGAAAUGUAUCUGUGAAGAUGAUGCAAAAUUCUACACUUCUGAAGUAAUUGCAGCGUUGGAAUAUUUACAUCUAUUGGGGUUUAUCUACAGAGAUUUAAAACCAGAGAAUAUUUUGUUGCAUCAAUCAGGUCAUAUUAUGCUUUCAGAUUUUGACUUAUCUAUACAGACAGUUUCAUCCAAGAAGCCUUUGCUUCUCAAUGGUUCGAUAAUUGAUACCAAAGUCUGCUCUGAUGGCUUUAGAACCAAUUCUUUUGUGGGUACAGAAGAAUAUAUCGCACCAGAGGUCAUUAGAGGAGAAGGGCAUACCGUAGCAGUAGACUGGUGGACCUUAGGUAUUUUAUUAUAUGAAAUGUUAUUCGGCUUUACGCCCUUUAAAGGAGAUAACAUUAACCAAACAUUUGUAAAUGUCUUAAAAAAAGAUGUAACCUUCCCAAACAAUAACACUAUUACUAGAAGUUGUAAGGACCUCAUUAAAAAGCUCCUAAUUAAAAACGAAUCUAAAAGACUUGGUUCCAAGUUAGGAGCUGCAGAUCUGAAAAGACAUCCGUUUUUCAAAAAAGUUCAGUGGUCACUGUUGAGAAACCAGGAGCCACCUUUAAUACCUAUCGUUAAUGGGCAAGGUAGUAGCAGCGUAUCAGAAAACAAGAGUAGGACCAAUAUGAAUGAAGAGGAAAGAUUUAUGUUUGAGGAAGAAAUUGAACACGAUGAUGAGGUGCCAGAUGAUGACCCAUUUCGUGAGUUCAGCUCAAUGAGUUUGGUUGGAAGGGAAUACGAAAAUAAUUCACAGAUAUCAACGAAGCAAAGUCUACUUGGUAAAAUUUCAUAUGCUCCAAAUGCUAAUAGACCAAGAAGUAAUAGCGCAAAGAAUCUUUUCAGACGUUAA